AUGUCAUCAAUUGUAAAUUUGUUUAACGAAAAAAAAAGUAAAUCGGAAAAAGAUGAAUUAAAGAAAAAAUCAUCUACAUUAAAAUUUAAAACUUUAUUUGGUAAAAAAGAUAAAGAUAAAGAAAAGAAUAAAUCUAGUAAUAAUUUAAAUGAUAUAAGUAAUAACAGAGAACAAGAGACUUUUUCAACUCAUGUUUCAAGUGGCGAAGAUUUAAAUAAUAAUAAUAAUAAUAAUAAUGAGCCAACAGCAAUAACGGCAUCAAACUCAACAUCAUUUUCAUCUCUAAGAUCAUCAAGCACAAGAAGUAUAGAUUAUAAUCCAAAUAGGUCAGAUUCAUUCUACUCACAAACUAGUGAAACUUCAGAUGUAAAUACAUUAACAACAGGAUCAAGCCAAUAUUUUAGACAACAACCAAAUUCAAAUGGAGAAUCAAUGACACCUAAACCUCAAAAAUCAUCAAAACUAAAACAUAUAUAUAACUCAUUAAAAUUCAAAUCACUUAGAAACCCUGAAAAACAAAAUCGUAUAGCGUCAUCUGCAUCAGCAUCACAACAACAAUUGAAAGAUAGUAAUGGAAAUAUUAAGGUUCAGUCAUCAUUAUCAAAAUCAAAUUUCGAAUUUGUAGUCCCACCUUCACCAUUUCCUACAUUUGACCAACAAUCACCUCCAAUACAUUUUUAUACUAUUCCAUUAGGUAAUGGAGGCCAACCAGAUUUUCAAUAUUUUGGUGUACCUUUAGCAUUAAUAAUUAAACGUCAAAAUAAUAAUUUACCAAUACCAAUGUUAUUAGAAAAAGCAAUUUCGUUUUUAGAGGGCUAUUAUCAUGUUGAAGAUUUAUUUUUUAAAAUGGGUAAUAACGAAAAGAUUCAAAUCAUUAAAAACUCAUUUGAAAGGACAGGUGAUUUUAAUUUCUUUUAUCCAGAGCCACAAGAACCUCACGAUGUUGCAUCAUUAAUUAUCGAGUUUAUUGCAUCAUUACCAGAUCAAUUAAUGAAUGUGGAACUUUAUAAUGCUGUCAAAAACCAUAGUUCUGCAUUAAAUUCUCAAUAUGGUGGAUAUUGGGAUAUACAGUAUUUGGUUCAAAAGUUAUCAGUAGAGUGCAGAGAAUUUUUACAAAGAUUUUUAUCAUUUUUAAAGAAACAUGUUUCAACUGUAUUAAAUAAUAGAAAUUCAAACGAACAACAUUUACAACAACAAUUACAACAUUUACAACAACAGCAACAACAAGAAAAUAACAAUAAUGAAGAACAAUCACAAGAGCCAUCAACAAAUCAACCACAAUAUAAAUUUAAAAGUAUAAUAGAAAAAUUAUCUGAAUUAUUUACACCACUAUUUAUUAAUUAUAAAAAUCAUAGUUCAUUUUAUUCAUCAACUGCAACCAUUAUAAAUUGUUGUGAAGAUUUCUUUGUGAAUAUUGACGAUAGACCAGUUACAUUAGCAGGUGAGUUUAUAAUGAUGCAAUUAAAGAAUGUCAUUAUACCUCCAAAUAAUUUAAAGAUAAACUCAAACCAAAACAAUACCUAUGACGUUUCAAGCUGGGAACAUGGAACAUUAUUUAUAACCAAUUAUAGAGUAAUAUGGAAGAAAGAUGAAGGCGAUGACUAUACCCAAGGAAAUACAAAUAACUUUUUAAUACCAGAGGACCAUAGCUCAAGUAAUAAUGGUUCAUCAUCAACACGUAAUCAAUUUGAAAUUAAACUUUACCAAUUCGAAAUUAUACUAUCAUCAAUUAUUAAAUGGGAGAUAUUUGGCAAAUCGUUAAAGAACUCCGUACCAAUUAGCGCAACUGGUAUAAGCAAGUAUCAAAUAUUCUUGUGCUAUUGUAAAAAUAUACGUUUCCAAUACUUGGGUUUCAAUUCUGAUGAGGAUUUGGAUAAGCUUAAUCAAAUUCUUGCAUAUUAUAUUACACCAAUACUCGAUUUUGGUAGAUUCUUUUCAAGCGUUAACCAUGAAAUACCUAGAGCUUUAUUGAAUAAUAGUUUACAAAACAGUAGUACAACCAAUUUAUUAUCAUUAGCCUCAAAUUCUAACAACUGGGAUAUUUAUUCACCCAUCCACGAAUCCCAACGUUUGAAAUUAGAUAUGGAUAAAGAAUGGAGAAUUAUCGAAUUUCUUUCGAGAGAUACCUCAUCAAUCUUUCCAAAGCGUAUCUUAUUAUCAAAUCUUUUAAGUGAUGAGCUAUUACAAUCCUAUGUAAAGAAAACCCAAAGCAAAAUACCUAUACUGUCCUGGACCAACAUCAAUAAUAAAGCAAUGUUAUUCAGAGUUUGUGUUUACCAAUCUUCAUCAGGCCAUCAAACUGGGGGUAUGCUUAGUUAUGGAAACUCUCAACAAGUUGGUUUGUCAUCUUCUUCGUCAUCUGUAAUUUUAAAUUCUUCAUCUUCAUCUGUAAAUAAUAAUGGAAAUAGCGGUGGUGGUAGUCUUUCAAGCUCAGGCUCAAUUCCUAUUAGUGCAAGUAGGGAUGAUAUUGAACCCCCAUCUCCAGUUAAAAGACGUAACUUGGAUAAAAAAGAAGUCUCCUCACCAUUAAACCAAAUGAGAACAUCAAAAAGUUCAAGCAGUAAAUCAUCCUCUAAAAAAGAUAAACAGCAACAACAACAGCUUCAACAAUCAUCAAAUAGUAUUAAUAAUGUAGUAUCAGACGCUGUGGACGUUAAACUUUAUCAUUUAUUUGUAAAUAAGGAUCUAGAUAAUCAAUAUUCACCAAACUCAAGCAAUGCAAAUUCACCAAAUUCAUCAUCAUCAUCAAGUGCACUAUCCAAUAGCACCAAUAAUCAAUUAUUACACAGAGAAAUUCAACACCAAUUCUCAAGUCAUUCAUUAAAAUCAAAGAGACAAAAUGAAGCCACUCUUGUUUUCACAAACAAAGUUGACAUGAAUUCAUUGGCAGUUUAUGAUCAAUUUAAAUUAAAUAGCUCCAAUAUUAUAUUUUUAUCAAUACCAACAAGAGAAGAGAUUGAGAGUUAUUGGUUUGAACUCUACCAUUCUAUCACCAAUUUCGAUGGUUCAAUAGAGGGAUGGAAAUCAAUUGAAGAGUCAAAAUGGAUUGGUGGUAUAAAGAAGCUCUUGGAAGGUUGUAUUCGUGUUUCCAAUUUAUUGGAUGAAGGUUCAUCAGUAUUGUUAAAACCGCCCGUUGACACACCAAACUAUGCUUUAGAUUUAGCCAGCACUAGCUCAAUAACUAUGAUUUUAAGUGAUCCUUAUUAUAGAACUUUUGAUGGCUUUUUGGUACUUGUCGAAAAGGAAUGGAUUCAAUAUGGUUACCCAUUCAAUAAUUUCAAUCAUAAUAAAGAAAACAUAAUGAAUAGUUCAACUUCAUCAACAUCAAGUCAUUCAUCAAAGAAGGGUUAUGGUUCAGUUUCUAAAAGCUCUGGUAUUAAUUUAAUGAUGCUAGGUAAAGAUAUCAGUAACGAAAAAAGUUUCGAUGGUGAAUAUCAUGUUCCAAUUCCAGAGACUGUUCACACCGAUUCAUCAACUAAAAAGAAAUUCUUUUUAUUCUCCGAAACUUAUGAAUCUUCAAUCCUUAUCAACAGAUCAUUUUCACCAAUAUUCAUACAAUUUUUAGAUACAGUUUGGCAAUUACAAAGACAAUUCCCAUUCCACUUUGAAUUUAAUGAAAAUUUAUUAUUAUUCCUUACAAAAGAAUCAUUUAGCGGUAGAUUCGGUAACUUCCUAUACUCUGAAGCACUUAGAGACACUGAAAGAAAAUUCCUCAAGAGAUCACCAUCAAUUUGGACUUAUAUUCAACAAAAUCGUAAUCAAUAUGUAAAUUUAUUAUAUAAACACAGUCAACUAUCAUCAUCAAAGAGCAAUGGUAACCUUUCUGGUAAAGUUGACCAUUCACCAAUUUCACCUCGUCAAUCCAUGAUUUUCAAACAAGAAGAUUUCAACGAAAUGAUUAAACCAUCUUACGAUAACGAUCAAAUUAUUUUAUGGUCAUCUUUAUUCACAGAGUUUAUAAAUUCAAGAGAAAGCCAACAAAUCUCCAAGAAGCUCAUUGGUAAAGUCAAAUGUGAUUUAAUUAACCAAAAGUUAACUUUUCUUCAAAUUGAUCGUAGUCUUUUAGGUUACUUUACAUCCUUAACAAAACUAAACCUUUCAAGAAACUUUUUCAACACUUUUCCAACAGAUGUAAUUCUACUAAGUAAUCUUACCCAUCUCUGUUUAGCAGAUAAUAGAAUUAAAUCAAUUCCAAGUAGUUUAUUGAAAUUAAUUGGUUCAAAAUUAAAACUUUUAGAAUUUGAUCUCUCAAGCAAUCUUUUAGAGUCAUUACACAAAUCAAUUUAUACAAUUUCAACAUUACAAAAACUAGUAUUAGAUAGUAAUAAACUUCUUAUUAUUCCAGAAUCAAUAAGCAAAAUGAAGCAACUUAAAGUACUUUCAGUAAUGAAUAAUAGAUUAUCGUCUUUCCCUCAAGCACUCUCUUUAAUGGUCGGUUUAGAAGAGCUCUACGUUCAAAACAAUAAUAUCAGAGAGCUCCCAUUAGGUUUCUUUAAAUUAAGAUCACUAAAAACAUUGGAUUUAAGAAAUAAUCAAAUUACCAAAUUCAAGUCACAUAAAUUGGAUGAUAAAGUUUUCCUAAUGAACGAAAUUACUCAUUUCCGUAUGGGACCAAAUCCAUUAGUUAAACUUAGCAAUUUAAUGUUCGAAAUGAAGACACUCCGUCAUUUAGAAUUAACUGGUUGCUCAUUAUCCUCGAUUCCAAAUAAGCUCUAUGACCUCGUUAAUUUAGAAGCUUUAUUCCUUAAUCAAAAUAAGAUUACCGAAGUACCCAUCGAUUUUCAACGUCUUUCAAAACUUUCAGUUUUAGAUCUUUCAGAUAAUCAAUUUACAACAGUACCAAAUCAUGCAAUGUUACCAAGUUUAAAGAAGCUUUAUUUACAUAAUAAUAGUUUAUACAGUAUCUCCUUCAACGAUUUCAAUUUAUCUCUAUUAACCGAGCUAAGACUAGAUGGCAAUAGAUUUACAUAUGUAUCACCAUCCAUUGGCAAAUUGACCUCGUUAACACUUUUAAAUUUAGAUCGUAAUACAAUCACCACACUUCCACAUACAUUGGCCCAAUUAAAGAAAUUAAAAUCUUUAAUUGUAAAUCAUAAUAUUAUGGACUCUCCAUUUAAAGAAUUAGAAACAACUGAAGCUAUUAUGCGUUAUCUCACUCAACAAAUGUCACAAGCCCAUUUCCACCCAAGAAGUAAACUUAUUAUUAUCACAGAUACAAAUUUUAUAAACAAAAAUGAAUUGAUUAGAAAUAUCAUUACAAGCAAUACAAAAUUAAAAAAAUCAAAUGCUAGUAGUUCAAAUAAUAGUUCAAAUAUUACAAAUAGUAAUACCAUAGGUGGUAAUAAUAGUAGCAAUACAAGCAAUACCACUGGAAAACAAGAAAAUAUGAGUAAAAACAUUGGCUCACUUCCAUUAAAUAAUAAAGAGAAAAAAAUUAAACCAACCAAAUGGGAAAUUGAAUAUGAAGGCAAUCCAAAUUCAAUUUUAUAUUGUAUAGCAUCAAAUAUAAAUAAUAACAAUAGUAAUAAUAAUAAUAUCUUAGCAUCACCAAUGACACCAUCAAAUUCAUCAUCACUAAUUGUAAAUAAUAAUAAUAGUAGUAAUGAUAAUGAAACAACUGUAUAUAGAAAACAAUCAAUUAAUGAUUCAUUAAGUUUUGCAAAUUUAAAUAUUUUAAAUAACCUUAAUAAUUUAAAUAAUAACAUUGAUAAUAAUGAAACAACAACAACAACAACCAAUCAAAAUAAUUUAAUUAAUUUUAAUAAUCAAGAGAUUUCUAAAAAGAAAAAUUUAACUGUAUAUAUAAGAGAUAUUUCCAGCUCAAUAACAAAUUGUAGUCAACAUUUAUUUACAAAGAGAUCAGUAUUUUUAUUAGUUUGGUCACUUACUGAAUCAGAAGAACCAAUAAGAGUUUAUAAAUGGUUAGAAAGUAUUAAAGAUAGAUGCACCUAUGCAAAUAUCUUUAUGGUUGGUGUUUUUAAUAGUGAUAGUCAAGUCCCAAAGGAUUACUACUCAUACAUAACACCAAGAAUCGAACAAAAGUGCCACUCUCUAUUCCCAUUGUUUACAUUCAAUUUUAUAAAUAUUGGUAGUAGUACUGAUAAAGAUAAUUUCCCAAAGCUUCGUGAAGAUUUGAAAUCUGUUUUCUUAAAUCAAAAACCAUAUGGCACCAGAGUAUCAAGUAGUCAGCGUUUAUUCGAAAAACAUAUUAAAACUUUACAGUCGCCAUUCAUCUCCAAAAAAGAACUUUAUUCCAUUGGUGAAAUGUGUAAAUUAGAUAAACUAGAAACUAAAAAUACCUGUGAACUCUUGACCGAAUUGAGUUUAUUGUUCACAUCUGAUGAUUAUGAUUGGGUUAUUUUAGAUCCAUUAUGGUUAACCUCUACACUCUCCUCAUUGAUAACCUUAAAGCAAUUAACCCCAUCAAACACCUCCACAACCACAACAGCCUCAUCAAAUAGUAAUAACAAUAGUAGUAAUAACAACUCCAACAGCAAUCCAAAUAAUGGCUCAACAGGUAUAGCAACCACCUCAUCAAUUUUAUUAGAUUCAAGUUUAAAUGAUAGCAAGAGUGAUGAUAUCAUUAAUAGUAUCCUUGGUAAAAAUAAUAUUGGUAAAAAGAAAGAUAUCAUUUUAAUGAGCAAUUUAGAAAGUGUAUGGAAUGAUAUACCAACUAGACUAUAUCCAUUCCUUUUAACCUUGGCAAAGAAAUUCAAUAUUGCUUAUUUAAUUGAUGUUUUAUAUGAUCCAUCAACAUGGGGCUACAUGUAUCCACUAUCGCUCGUAGGAAAUCCAAGCAGUCCAGGUAGUAGCCAUUCAAGUGGUAGCGGUGGUCAUUCUGUAACAUCACAUUUUAAUAAUUCAGGUCCCAAUUUAAAUAGAUUAUCAAUUAGCGGCAGUCCAUCAUUAAGAUCGAUUUCGAUUCGUUCAAAUACAAUUAGCAGUGGCUCAAACAACUCAAGUCCAUUGAAAUUCCCAAAUUUAUCUUUAUCACCAAUCCGUAGUAAUAACAAUAGUAACAAUAACUCAAAUAAUAGUAUUAAUAAUAAUAAUAAUAAUACUAGUAGCAACAAUCUAAAUUCAUUACUAUCACCAUUAAAAAAUCUACAACAUUUACAACAACAACAACAGCAAUUGCGUAAUCUAAAGACAUUAAAUGAAAAAGUUAUAUUUUUACCAAAUGAACUACCAGACCAACCACCAGUUUCAAUUGAUAAGCUAUUCCAAACUGACGAGCCAAGAACAGUUGGUAGAUUAUUCCUUUUUGAACAAAAAAUUCCAAAUAGCUUUUUCCCAAGACUUUUAAGCCAACUUUAUAUGUUUUGCUCCAUCAAACACUGUUGGAAAACUGGUGUCGUUUUAGAAAACUGUUAUUUAUCUUUCCCAGUUGCUAGACGUUAUCCAAUGUCACCAAAUGCUAAACACUUCCGUAGAAGCAGUACCAUUAGUGUUUUGGGCUCUGAUGAUUUGGUAUUCAUACAAAUGCAUAACGAUAACAAGAUUGAAAUAUCCUCAAGCAAAAUGUGUAGACAUAUUUUACAAAUUUUCGACUCAAUUUUAGAAUCAUAUAACGAGUUACAAUAUACAACCUAUAUUCCUUGUAUGCAUUGUAUCGAAACCAGUACCAAACCAGAGUUCCUCUUUAGACUAGAUCAAGUAGAACAAGCUGUAAUCAAGGGUAAAUCAUAUCUUAGUUGCUCAAUUCAUGCUUUAAUUCCAAUCAAACUAAAUCAACUGGCCCCUGAUCUUAUUAUGACCGAUCUUCGUCAUAAACUUAUUGACUAUAAAGAAGUUGAAUUGGAACCAGAACCAAUUGGCGAAGGUGGCACUGCUACCGUAUACAAAGGUAAAUGGAGAAAUAAUAAUGUUGCAAUUAAACUUUUAAAAACAGAUAUUGUGGGCAGUAACUUCACCAAAGUAUUUGCAGAAUUCCGUCGUGAAAUCUUUUGUCUCAGUUCAUUCAUCCACGAGAACAUUAUUGAUCUUAAAGGCUUUUGUUUAGAACCUCUAUGUAUUAUCACUGAAUUCAAGAGUGGUGGUAAUUUAUAUGACUAUAUCCACGAUCUAUCAAAUCCCCUCGAUUGGUCAUUAAGAAUUAGAUUCGCUAAGGAAAUUGCAGCCUCACUUCAAACUCUUCAUGAUAGUAGACCAUCAGUAGUACAUCGUGAUCUUAAAUCACCAAAUAUCUUACUCUCAAGCAAAGAUCCCGAGACUGUAUCAUGUCAUUUGUGUGAUUUCUCUCUAUCUGGUUUCUCUACAACCGUUGCCAAUAGAGCAGUUCAAAAUCCAGUUUGGCUUGCACCGGAAGUUAUCAGUAACGAACUUUGCUCCGAUAAAAGUGAUGUCUAUGCAUAUGGUGUCAUCCUUUUCGAACUUUUAGCAAGAACCAAGUUCUUUGAAGGAAUUACAUUUAUGUCAGCUGUAGAGCAAAUGAUCUGUGAUGGUAUUAGACCACCAUUGCCAACCCAUAAUGUCCCAGAAUAUGAUAACCUCUUAAAUAUAUGUUGGGCACAAGAUCCUUCUGCACGUCCAAGUUUUAAUGAAAUUAUUAAAAAACUUGAAGAAAUAGAAAAAAUCCUACAAAAUAGAGAACCAACAACCCCAACAUUUUUAGAAACCAAAAAAUAUCAGCAUAUUCAAUUAAAUCGUACAAAUACAAGCUUUAUUUUACUUAGACCUGAUCAUUUUAAAAACUUUGUAAAAAAUAAUGGUAAUAAUAAUAAUAAUAAUAAUAAUAAUAAUAAUAAUAAUAAUAAUAACAAUAAUCAAUUUAAUAAGCCAUUACCACAAUUACCAAUCCAAAAGAAAAAUGAAGUCGAAAAUAAUCAAAUUGAAAACAAUUCAAAUAUAACCGAAAAAGAAAAACCAGUUAGCGAUUGUAAUAAUACAAGUACAAGUAUUGAUAGUAUUAAUGAAAAUUCAAGUGAUAGCAGCAGUGAAAACUAA